GUGUACAAUCCGAAGUGACUAAACCGCGAACCAUCCGCGCUAUUACCCUUUCUUUCUUGAACCCAAAAGCCACCGCGAAUGGCGUCGACGUCAGGACAACGCAGCGGCGCCCCUCUCGGAAGACUAAGAUCAGUUACCUCUAUGCUCGACUCAGACAAUCAGUCCCUUAUCAGAGAUAUGAGGAAGGCUAUAACUUUGAUGAAGGAAAUUGCAGUUGAUUUGGAGAAAGAUAACAAGUCAGAUAUGGUGAAGGAGCUUGAAACUGCAGUCGCUCAGUUAUUGGAAACCUCUAAUGACUGUUUGCAUUUUUCUAAUGCAAUGCAAAGUAUAGGAAAUGUGUACGAACCUGGGCCACAGCCAACAGAUUUUAAGAAGUUGUUUGAUGCUGAGAUUGGAAAAUCUAAAGUAGCUUCUUCUCUUCAGAAUCAAUCACUAAGACAGUUUCGGGAAGCUAUUUGGAAUGUUCAUCAUGCUGGACAACCAAUGCCGGGAGAAGAGGAAGAUGAUAUUGUAAUGACCAGUUCAGGGUGCAACCUCCUUAAUAAGACUUGUCCCUUAAGUGGAAAGCCCGUCACGGAGCUAGUUGAACCUGUUAGAAGUUUGCAGUGCAAACAUAUAUUUGAGAAGGCGGCUAUUAUGCAACACAUAAAGAAUGGGCAUGGCCGGUGUCCUGUUGCAGGCUGUCCAAAAGUAGUGCACGCAAACAAAGUUGUGUGUGAUGCAUUCCUAGUCAUUGAAAUUGAUGAUCUCCGCUCUAUGGGUAAAGAAACUGCUGGCUCAGGCAACGUAGAGGAUUUCACAGACCUGCCAGAAAUUGCCGAGGACUCAGGUUGAUGAUGACUGCUGCUGAUUAUUAGAAUCCUUUUUUGUUACCUGAUAUGGAUGAUGGAUAUAAUGAAUUAAAUUUUACGGAGUAUUAAAUUUGCAUUGGUAAUGUGUAAGAUUAGUACAAUAUUUAGUAAGAACUAGAUUCUCACCUGUGCAUAAAAUUUAAUAAAUAAUCGAUAUCACAUUAUUUCUGUAUAGUAAUAAUAACAAA